AUGAAAAACCUUUACAUUUUUCUGCUUCUUCUUCUUCUUCUUCUAGUUGUUUCUGUUGAUGCAAACAAUUUUGGAAGAAUAAACAAUGGAACUACACUACCUGAAUUUCUGAAUAUUGUGAGUUGUUUUUUUUUUUCAUAAUUGUUUUCAAUUCCCAAUUUUGAUGAGAAUUGUUGACAAAGUCAUCAUCUUAUAUCAGAAAAGUUCUAAUGAUUUAAAUUAUUUUCAGGCAACUAAAUGCAACAGUUUUUUGGAUACGAUAGAUAAUAUUGUUAACCACCUUAUGUCAACAAAUGCAUUCAAAUUCAAUUGGAGCCUAAUAAAUAAGCAUCUAAGUCCGAGUAAUGUGGAACUGAUUAAAAGUGUAUGGAAUGAUGUAAUUUCGUUUAUCCAUGAAAUGUGUGAGAAUGGAGACAUCGCAUAUUCAGUGAGUUUGAAUGAACCGACAUCUAACAAACAAUAUGAAAUGAAAACACUCCAUCUUUAAACUGUUAUUGUUUUCUAAAAAUAAAUUGGCAAAAUUUUGAAGUUUAAUUGAAUAAUAAAUUCCGAAAGCUAUAUAUUUGUCAACCAGUUCGAUGUUCAUGUCGCCACGUCAUUACUGUACGUGAGUGCCAAUUCAAACAGGGUGAUUUUGUGUUUUUAGGUCAUGUUUUUUUUCGGAAUGACUAUUCUGAUUGAUCAUUUUGAACUCGAAAAACAAUUUACAAGAGAAAUAAUUUUAUUUUUGAAGAAACUCGAGUGCAUUGUUGAAAAUGUGGUUCUUGAUGUGGAAACAUUUAUCAAAUCGAUUCAGGGGUUAAAGUUAUUUUCGUUGGCAAACGCCGAUCAAAUCUUGAAAAUCGUUGACGAAUUAUUGAAAUCAAUUUCAAAUGCUUCCAAAAAGUGCUCCAAUAUUUAA